AUGUUGGUCGGUUGGUGCUGUGAGCGCGUAACGGAGGACAUUGAGGAGAUGGCGGCGGCGGUGGCUGCUCAUACAUCGACACCGGUGGAGGUGGCGGCAGCUGCGGUUGCCAAUAGAUUGGUGAAACUGGCGGUGGCAACUGCUGUUACAUCUGCAGUAGUUGCGGCGACGGCUGAUGAUGCAUCAUCAGUUGUUGCGGCGGCAGCUGCUACUGCAACGACAGUAGUUGCGGAGGCGGCGGUGACUGUUGAUACAUUAGCAGUGAUAGUGGCGCUGGUGACUGCUGCUACUGUUGCUGAUGUAUCGGCGAUGGUGGUGACGGCGGUGACUGCUCAUGCAUCUGCAGUAGUUGCGGCGACGGCUAAUGAUGCCUCACCAGUAGUUGCGGUGGCAGUAGUUGCAGUGGUGGUAGCAACAGUGACUGCUGCUGCUGCUGCAGCAUCUCAUUUUUGGCCUCGAACCAGUCGUCAUCGGACACGUCACUUAUAA